UCGGACAUGAUGGGAAUUCUUGGUGUCUUAGUACAAUGGAAGGUACAGAUUCCCGUAGCUGCGUGUAAGACGCGUCGGAUUUCCAGAGCGAUAUACCAAUCAUGCGCACAAACGAACCUACAACUACGCACGAGCAACUAUGGCAGCUGACAUCAAACGUUGGACCGAACAAGCAAUGUGAUGCCCUUCUACAGGUGUAGGCAAUGAACGUCCUCUGCUUGAUUACUGGAAUCGCAGCAGGUAAGUAUUUCGUACUGCACAAAGACACCGGCAAGGGAAAGCUAUCGACAAAAAAGCAAGUCCUCUCACGGUACUGCGUCACCCCCCAAGCUCGUGGCGAAAAGCAAUGGAUUCGAGAAAUAGCAUAGAGUGUGGCGUAAUAGGAAAUAGGUGAACACAGUGCG